UCUUUAAUGUGGAUUAAAUCCUAAACCUUUGACGUCCUCAUUUUUUAAAGAUAUAAACAGGGAGAUUUCACACACCGUUCAGAAAUAAUGGCUUCGUUUGGAUCUCUUAAGCAGGCUAUCUUUGAUAGACAAACAAGAAAACAGCAAUACCAAGAUCACAUACGAGGCCUGAAUGCUUAUGAUCGCCACAAGAAAUUCCUCAAUGAUUAUGUUGGAUUUUAUGGAAGAGAGAGAUCCACACAAGAAAAGUUGCCUGUUAGAACAGAUCAGGAUACUCUUAAAGAAGGAUACCGAUUCAUACGAACUGAGGAAGAUGAUAUGAAUCCAUCUUGGGAGCAAAGGCUGGUGAAGCGCUACUAUGACAAGCUAUUCAAAGAAUAUUGUAUAGCUGAUAUGACACACUAUAAGAGUGGCAAGAUUGGUCUGAGAUGGAGGACCGAAAAGGAAGUGACAUCUGGUAAAGGGCAUUUUGUCUGUGGUAACAAACACUGCAAUGAGAGAGAUGGUCUAGCAAGUUACGAGGUGAAUUUUUCAUAUGUUGAAGCAGAAGAAAACAAACAAGCCCUGGUGAAAUUGGUAGCCUGUGAGAGAUGUGCAGAAAAGCUUCUUUAUAAAAAGAGGAAAGAGAAGGAUCAAUCUAGAGAAGACCUGAAAGAUAAGCAUCGAAGGAAAAGGGGAAGAUCUGUGAGUGAUGAUGAACAUAAGGAUGAUAAUUACGAACGAAGGAAAAUGGGAAGAUCUGUGAGUGAUGAUGAAAAUAAGGAUGAUAAUUACAAACGAAGGAAAAAUGAAAGAUCUGUAAGUGAUGAUGAUACUGAGGAUGAUAAUUACGAACGAAGGAAAGGAAGGAGUAGAGGGUCAAAGGCUCCAACUUCAUCUGAUAAUCCGGAUAAUGAGAAUAUGGAUGAGUAUCUGGAGGGAAUGUUUCCUUGACAGGAGGCUACUGAUGUUUUUGUAGAGAUUUUGAAGUUUUCAUUAAAUUUGUUUAGAUUGCAACUAGGUAUUUUUGUUUGGACAAUGGAGAGGAAAUUUGGUUGGAAAAGCUGGAGUAAGGUCGUAUUUUUGAAAGGCUAGACUGGUUAAGAAAUACAUGAAGGAACCUGGAAACGCUGGAAGUGGGGAGCUCAAGUUUUCUAUUGGGUUGUCUGAUCAUCCAUGUAAAAUCAAGAAGUGUAGCAAGUGAUGUUUCUACUUAGUUUUCAACAGUUUUUUUGCUAAUAAGUAGCUCCUCGGAAUGUAAAUAUAUGAUCCAUGUACACUUAUGUUGGUUAUGAAGUUCACUCCUUUGACCUAAUGGAUGUCUCAUCUUCAAUAUUGUAGAUCAAUUCAAC